GUGCGGAUUUGAAGCGAAAGCAAAGAUAUUUUUUCUAAUAUUGAAAUAAAAUAUAAUUAAAUUGCUUAACUGCAGAUUACAUGUAAUCUAUAUACAAUCAGAUUUAUAAAUAUAAGUAUAACCUCGAUGUGUGAAACCCGUGAAACCGGUUCAAAAGUAAGCAUAACCUAACAAAUUCUGAUACGUUUUGAAAACGAAGAAAGAUUUUUAUUUAAUAUUACAAACAAACAAAAACUACGAAAAUGUCUCAGCCGUCCGUAUUUUACGAACAACUUUAUCACGCUUCUCCAAAAGUAAAUUUGAGCACCUACUUCACAAACUACGCAACCUUAAAAGAACAAUUUUACACAGUCGACACACCGAAGGUACAAAGAUCCGUUUCUGAUUCAAUGGGAGCGAAUAUUGAGGAGGAAGAUUUCAAUAUGUUAAAAGAAUACUGCAGCAUUGAUAACCUGACAAUAGCCAAUGAAGUUAUUGAAUACGGCCAUAUGAAGUCGUGGAGUAAAGAACUUUUAGAAGCAUCGACGAUUCCAGACGUGCCUCUUAAAACGCUAACAGAAUUGCAGAAAAGUACCAUAGGAAUGAAACCCAUGAAGAGGUCUACAAAAUACCGGAGCGAAAUAUGUGUAAAACACGAGGAAGAUCCCUCCAGAUUAGUUAGUGCAGUUCCAGGUAAAGAUUUCUUGGUAUAUAUCAGAAUUUACGCGCCCUUUAAACACAGAGUUUACAACAAAACGACUGCUCAGUUAAUAAAAGUCUCCCUGAGUAAUGUCGUCUCAAUUCUCGGAUCACAGACACUGGCUGACCUCAGAGAUAAAAUUUCGUGCAUUUCUGAUCUUUCUAUUACAACUGAUGUGAGUGAGAAACCUGUCCUCAAACCCGGACCAUCAGCAAAGGAGAUUUACAACUCGGCCUUCUUCUUCAUCGAAGGGAUCUUUUACAACGAUAUGAGAGAUCCGGAAAAUAAAGAUAACAGCCAAGUGAUUAGAGAGUGGGCAAGUGCACGCAAGAUUGGUUCUUUUCAAACUGCCUGUAUGGAAGAUACGAAAAUAGAUUCUCUGAAUCUGAGAUUUGGGUUUCCAUGGGUUUACCAACAUCAGGGAAAUUGCGAGCAUCUGAUCGUUUUUAGUGAUGCGAGGUUGCUGAAUUGCAACGAUCAUUUGUCUGUCACUUCCUAUCCGAGAAUAGAGCGCAUAAAGCCUUAUAUUAACAAAUACUGCAUGACUUGCGGUAUGUUCAGUGUUCGGUGGAUCACGACCAAUAAUGACAGAUUGCCACACGAUCCCUGCUUUUUCUGCGAAAAGUGCUUCAAGUCAUAUAACUACGUUAACGGGGAAAAAAUCGGCACGUUUUCUGCUUAUCCUUAUCCGUUUCAUGCUGAGUUGAUGCAGAAGUUUAAGAAUAAUGAAAGUAAUGACCAGCAGUAGAACAUUUUUGUCAGGAUUUUAAGAAUCGAGGAAAGGAGAA